CCCACUGUUAGCGUUAAGGUAGGUUGCACCACUGCACAGUCUCCCCACCAACUACAAUUUGACAGUUUCUCAGGUGAGGCGUCACGCCACAGGAGCUUUUUCACUUUCUCUUGAGUUUCAGCGCACAUCUCACUGUGAGCCUGGGGUUGCUUAACUCAAAAACCAGUUACCAGAAGCCCUCACACCACGGCACCAUGAGCAAAAAGAAAAAGGAGUGGAGAGCGGAGAAAGAGCGCUUACUCAGUCUUGGUCUUGAGGAUAGGCGCAAAGAUUAUCGAGGAAACUAUGUGCCAUUGGACAAGAUCCCCACCUGGGCAAAUCAUGACAAUAAUACAGCUACUGAGGAAGAAGAACAAAAGUCUUUCUACUUGGCUGACAAAGUGUCUCUGUACAAAGGUGACAUCACCACCCUGGAGGUGGAUGCCAUAGUGAAUGCUGCAAACUCUUCUCUGCUCGGCGGUGGAGGAGUGGAUGGCUGCAUACACAGAGCCGCGGGUCAUCUUCUGUAUGAAGAGUGCCACUCGUUAAACGGCUGUGAAACUGGAAAAGCCAAGAUCACCUGCGGCUACGACCUCCCCACUAAAUCUUAUGGGCAUUCUCUGACUCAUGUGAGUGAUGAUGAGCGUCACGCUGGUAGCGGCUGGAAGACUGCGUUCCUUCGAGGCGGCGUCACGGGAUUUAGAAUGCGAGAGGGUGUCUUGUGUCGUGCCGUCCGCCUGCUGUGGUGA